AUGGCUCUGGCUUCGGUCGUUUUGACCUUUAUUGAGUGCGAAGCGGCGACGCAAUACGUCGUCGGAAACGGCAGAGGCUGGACUGCUCCGCCCAACAUCACCGCAGGCUUUUACGACGAAUGGGCUGCCAGUAAAUCCUUCGAGGGCAACGACGCUCUAGUAUUCGAAUUUAACGGAACGCAUAGCUUAGCCGCCGUAUCAAAAGAAGAAUACGACAGCUGCACCAAGGUCAUUCCCAUUGGUGACGGGACCAAUGGCUUUAGCUACGGAUAUCAAAUUCCAAGAAAGGCUGGAGUGUACCACUUCAUUUGCACAGUUGGCUCACACUGUGAGGCCGGCCAGAAGCUAGCCAUCAACGUCACCUCCGCCGGCUUCGCAACGUGGUCACCACCGUCGCCGUUGACUUCCGGUGCCCUCUCCAUGGUCCUCUACACUUUCGCCUUCUUUCUACCGGGUCAUUAA